AUGGCUCCGUGGCUCAGCACUGUUAAAAAGUCUUUCGUUGACGUCCCCGUUGACUCGGCGAACGACAACGCCAUUUCGACCACCGAGUUUCUGGAAGCUGCAGAGUCUCUGGCCACCCUCUUUGACGUUCUCGGUUCCGUUGCUUUCACGCCAGUCAAAAAUGAUAUCUUGGGCAAUGUCAAGAAAAUCCGUGACCGCCAGACUGCAGCUCCCGCCGAGUCCGAGACACUGCAGGCUCUUGUUGUCAACGAAUUGAAGACGAAAAAGCAUACUGCUGCCGAAGGUCUCGUUUGGCUUGUUCGUGGUCUCGAUUUCACUGCCCAGGCCCUCAGCGAAAACAUCAGCACACCCAGCAAGGAACUAGCCGACUCGUUCCGUUCUGCCUACGGAAACACGCUUAAGCCUCACCAUGGCUUCUUGAUCAAACCCAUUUUCAAUGCUGCCAUGUCAGCCACCCCCUAUCGCAGUGACUUCUUCAAAAAGCUCGGAACCGAAUCUCCGGAGUCGGACGCAGACUUGAAGGCCUGGGUUGAGGCUUUGGUGAACCAAGUCGGGAUUUUGAAAGAAUUUCAAUCACGCAAGGAAGCCAAGUGGUAG